UAGUACUUGCACGGUAAUUGGACUGUAUGUGUACCUUUAAAGUAUCCAAGAAGCCAAAUGUUUUGAUCUAUCGGUUCAAAUUUUGCCCUCCCCUAGAAGCUCUUAGAGAGGGGGGGGGGGGGCAAAAAAAAUUUCGUUUCGCGGAUAUUUCCUUCCACGCCCCUAGAUUUAUUUCUUUAUACGCCCUUGCACAUGUUAACAUUAAAAAAAAUUAUUUUUUUCGAACUUCUUUUGAUGUAUAUUUUUGAACUUUCUAAAAUUCCAUCCUUUCACUAUAACCAUUAAAGUUCUAAUCUUUUUUUUAACGAGCAGGCCUUAAAAGUUGGUCUAUGAACAGGAACAUAUGUAUCUCACUUCCCUAUCUCAACUCUAUUGCCAAAAUCAUAGGGGGGGGGGGAGAACCCUUUCGUCCCCCAAACGGAAUAAGGUUCAGCAAAAAACAAGAGGGUUUUGCCUUGCUUAAAUGUAUUUGCCUAGGGCUGCAGAAAGGGUUUCAUUAACUUUCAGAGUUGUUUAUAUCUCAGUGCAAUAGUUUCAGAUUAACUAUAUUAUGUAUUCUGAAUUUGUACUUUUAUUACUGCUGGGUUGUUCAGCCAUAGUGUCAGAUGCUGGACUAGUUGGACUUUUAGUCCUUAUAAUAUCUCAGUAUGGAAACAGUAGAAAAAAAUGGCAGUUUUACACUUUUUUCGAGGCUGGAUUUGCUUAUGCCUUUGUUGCUUGUACAGCUCUACUGAACUGUAGGCUUAAAUACUGGGAUAGUUUGUGUUCUGGAAAAGAUACUGCUUGGACUGACCUAGUUGAGUACUUUACUGCUGGUGGAUUUACAGGGAUGAUACUGAUACUGCUUGCUGUGAGACACACUAUAUUUCUAGCUAUAGGGGUAGUAUGUACAGCAGGACUCUACUAUGCUGGUCAAGAUCGAAGAAGAGAGUGCUCCAGCUGUAAUCAUCUGCAGACUGGGGAAAAUAUUCUAGAUUAUAUUCUUUGUCUAUUUGACGAAUAUACAUUUCAUGAAUAGAUUGCCGAAUACAUUUCUAGAAUAGAUUGCCGAAUACAUUUCUAGAAUAGAUUGCCGAAUACAUUUCUAAAAUAGAUUGCCGAAUGCAUUUCUAGAAUAGAUUGAAUGUAUUUAAAGAAUUUUAAUUUUACCUAUUUAAUAUAAUAAAAGUUUAAAAAUUUACUAUUGUUUAGCCAGUCAAUCAAAACAACCAGAAAUGGUUAGUCUGUAGCCCUGGCUAAUAAUUGUUUAGUAAAAAGUUAUAAAAUGUAAAAUGUAUUUAUUAUAAUGUUAGCCGAAAUAUAUAUAUAUAUAUCUA